AUGGGCACUCUGCCCAAAUGCGAAUUUUGCCAGUAUCAUCAUGCUGGCCGGUGCAGUGUUAGAAAAUGUGAAUCAUGUGGAAAGAUUGGUCACUUAAAGGAUACUUGUAGGGUUGGUACUGGCCGUGGUGGCCAAAGGGGAUUUGGUAACAACAACCGUGGAGGUAACGGGAAUGGGAACCGCAACGGCGGAAAUGGUAAUCGCGGUAACUUUGGAAAUCAAGCAGGAAAUGGUAACCGCAAUCAAAACAACAAUCAAGGCGGUAAUGGAGAUGGUAACGGUCGAGGACCGAGAUGCUUUAACUGUGGAGACAUCUGGCACUUCAAGCUUGAAUGCCCAGAACUCAAUCAAGCUCGAGGGAAGCACGCUAGGACCCGAAUGUCGUUACUGUGGAUGCCCCAUACGCGCUCGCAGGGACCGCCGCCGUUGCCGCUUGCACUCAGGUCUUCCUUCUCGUCAUCUACGUCUGAGGUACGUGCUUCUAGCUCUACUUCAUUUUCUCAGUCCACCCCAGUUUUCGAUCUUACACCAAAAUCUUCACCCCACAAUUCCCCCCACCCACCCGCCCACCUAGUCCACCACCCGUAG